AUGGCGGAUAUGUAUCUAUCUGCACAGAUUCUUCACCAAAUAUUUCUUCGAUUGCCUACAAAAGUAACAAAACCCUUGGUGCAGUUAAAAUGUUUAUCAAAGCUAUGGAUGCGACAGAUAUCGGAUCCUAACUUUAUGAAUUUGAGAUCACGACCGAUGAUCUUUCUCCCCAGCUUUCCAUUUCAAGCCAUAGACAACACAUGCGCUCCAUUGAUGAUCGAGCUUUCCGAUCCUUUAAUUAACCCUGAAAGGUAUAGAGAUAUCACUGUUGCUGGGUCAUUCAAGGGGAUACUAGUUUUAGUCCUAAAGUAUGAUAACCCGAUCAUCGAUCACAUUUUGUUUGAGGAUGAUACAGUUCUUUACAACCCUUUCUUGGGAGAGUUCAAGGAACUUCCUCAUUCACGAAAAUUUGAUCCAUAUAACAACUAUGUGUAUGGAUUUGGCUAUGGCACAACCGCAGAUGACUUAAAGAUUGUUAGAUUAAAAGAUAAUUGCUGUGGUCGUUUUAAAUCAUGUGAGGUUGAUUCUAAAUCCUUGAGAACGGUGCAUUUCCGAACUCCAUUGAUCCUAGCUCUUGAUAUCAAGAAGAUGGUAUUUUCAGAGAUAAAAAUUCCAGAUAGACGUAGCCUCAUACGUUUGGGUACAUACAAAGGCCGCCUUUGCAUGCUUUGCUCUCAAGUUAAUGUGGAAGGGUACGAGUUAAGGGUGAUGAACGAACAUGGUUUUGGGAAAUCAUGGAAUACAGUGCUUUCGUUCAAAUCACGGUUCUCAAUGCUAAUUUCAUAUGCAUCUUGUGUAGUGAGGAUGUGUAUCUUGGAUGAUGGGAAACUGCUUAUGUGGCAGCUGUCUGAACAACAAUUCGUCAUCUACGACAUGUUUAAAGAUUCGCAUAUGGUGGUGAAGUUGUUGAGGGAUUUUGACCAAAAUGGGAGGCUGCAUUCAUUAGAAUAUGUGGAGAGUUCGGUAUCACCAUCGGAUAUAUGUUCUGUUUCCAUAUGA